AUGGCUAUCACCGUAAAGCCGGAAGGCACCGAAUAUGACUAUAUUGUGUGCGGAGCUGGCACGUCAGGGGCCGUUGUCGCAGCAAGAUUGGCAGAAGAUCCCAACAAUUCUGUUCUCGUCAUCGAAGCAGGAGAGGAUAAUUCCCUUCUCGAAAAUACUCUCAUGGUCGGGGGAUGGUCACAGAAUUUUGACACAGAAGCGGACUGGAACAUUACCACGGAACCUAAUCCAGGAGUCAAUAAUCGUCAAGUCAAAGCCAGCCGAGGCAAAUUUCUCGGAGGGUCCAGUGGUCUAAAUGGUACACUGUGCAUUAGAGGUAUACCACAAGAUUACGAUGACUGGGAAAUGCCAGGAUGGAGUGGUGAGGAGGUUUUCGGUUACAUGAAGAAGGCAGAGAACUUUCAUGGCAAGGAAUGGUUUAAGGCCGACGAUUCGGUGCAUGGUCAUGACGGCUUGCUUGACGUGGAACCUCACGACCUGGCCCCAAUAGCUCACAUGAUUUUGGAUUCGAUGGAGGAUCAAGGUCUGCCACUUCAUCCUGACAUGUUUUCGACUGGAGAAACUCCAAAUGGUUGUGGUCAUGUACCAAGAACUGUUUACAAAGGAGACAGAACUACUUCGGCAAAUUACUUCACCAACAAAGGUCCAAAUCUCGCGAUCAAAACUAAUACGAUAGUCGAUCGAAUAAUUCUCGAAGGUGCAUCUCCCGACGACUUGAGAGCUGCAGCUGUCAAAGUAAUUGAAAAAGAUGGGACGGAAAAGCAAAUUAGAGCUAGGAAAGAGAUUAUCAUUAGUGGAGGGGCGUAUUGCUCGCCAACUAUUCUUAUGCGAUCAGGGAUCGGAGCAAAGUCCGAGCUUGAAUCCCAUGGUAUCGAGUGUCAGGUCGAUCUUCCCGGAGUCGGCAAAAAUCUUAUGGAUCACAUGAUUGUUUUCAUAUUCUAUGAAACCACAAAGCCAAAUGUUACUAGCGAUUAUCUGCUUUAUCGCCCGAAUGCUUUAGGUGAAGCUUACAGACAAUGGAAAGAAGAGAAGCGUGGACCCCUCUCCACUUUUCCAUUUGGCGCGUUCGCAUACUCUCGUCUUGAUGAACGUCUUGCUUCCGAACCAGCUUGGACUUCAGCACCGCGACGGCCAGGCCGAGAUCCUAUGGGGUUAACUAAAUCACAACCAAACGUCGAAUUCUUCAGCACGGAAUGCUAUGGUGGCCCAAAGCAGUUCGAUCAAUUCCCCGACGGAGAUAAGUCACAUGCAUUUUCUAUAAUCGCGGAGUUAUUUGCACCCAAAAGCAGAGGUACCGUAACCUUAAAAUCAAAGGACCCAAAGGACAAUCCGGUUGUCGAUCACAACUACUUGAGUGAAGAACUGGAUAUUGUUGUUCUCAGUGAGGCAUGUAGAUAUGCCAAUGAAAUCAUUAUGAAGGGGAAAGGCACGAAAGACAUAGUUGAGGGAAGCUGGCCUAAGGACUUAACACACCAUGCAUAUACAUCGAGAGAACAGUGGGUUCCAUAUAUCAAAGAUAAUGCUACAACCUGUUAUCAUCCCGGAGGAACCGUCAAAAUGGGCAAAGCAUCGGAUCCAACGGCAGUUCUUGAUGAGGAAUUAAGAGUCAGAGGUGUGAAUAAUCUCAGAGUUGCCGAUACAAGCGUUAUGCCACUUCUUAAUCAAGGUCAUACCCAAAUGCCUGCAUAUGCGAUUGGUGAGAAGGCAGCAGAUUUGAUUAAGGGUAUUGACGGCUUAGAUAUGGCAGCGUUGAAGUUAGAAAGAAAAUUCUCCCAAAUCUCUGGAGAAGUCGCUGAAAUGUAUUUCUCACAUCUUCAUCUCAUAAGUCUUCUCAUCCUCACCCUUCACUUGAUACACCUCACAUGUGCCACCCUUCCGCCAAUACACUACACUAUAACCCGACGUGGUGGCUCAUUUCCCGCUCCUGACACCGCAAAUCUUACAUUCCUUCAAUCCACACUUGCCGAUGUGCAUGGCAGGUUUACAAAUUCUGAGAGAGUGUUGAGGGGAAAUAGGGUUGUUAGGAUUCCUAGACGAUGGCAUGAUGGUCAAACUACCAACACAACAAAUUCCCAACGUCGAUCUGGAACUUCUAUCCAACCAGGGACUACUCUUCUCGGCGAAGUUGGUAAUUCUGGAUCUUGGUUUGCAUCCUUGAAAAUUGGCGAACCGUCGCAGAAUGUAGAUCUAGAUCUUAAUAUGUUGACGGCUGAUUUUUCGGUGAUUAGUACACCUAGUGGGAAGGGGAGUUUUUAUCUCGAAGAGAGAAGUGGCACUUACAGUGUUAGUAAUGAUAAUGAACAGGGAAAGGGCAUGAAUUUUCCAGGAUGCAGGUGUGGAAAAGAUGUAGUGGGAUUACCGUUGGGGAUUGAUGUUUUUGAUGGUCUGAAGGGGGAGAGAUAUAUACCCGUGAGCUUCGCCCAUUGCAGACCACAGAAACAGUGGGUUGGUAGUUUGGGGAAGAGUGGUGCAAGUUUGGGAUUGGCUGUAGGGGAGGGUCUGGGGCAGGUGGGUGGCUGGAGAAGAGGAUUAUUGGGGCAGAUUGUCAAGAGUGGAGUUGUCGAUACAGAGGUCUGGAGUUUGAUGUUACUCAAUGGGCAUGAGGGAGUUUUUAGUGUUGGAGGGUCGUCGGUCAAGGCAGUUAGAGAGGUGGAAGGGAUGAUCGAGCAGGAACUGAAGAAACUUGACGCGGGUGGCUUCCAACCGGGACACGCUGAAUUGGUGAAGCUUGAUGUGGGUGGAUUGCAACCUGAAAACAAUGAAUUAAAGAAGAUUGAUGGGAUGGGCCUACAAUCUGGACAUGACGAGCUGAGGAGAAAUGUAGAACUGGGAUUGAUGAAGAGAAAUGAAAUUGGAUUUGAGAAUAGUGAAAAAUUGACGACGACAGAUGAUAGUACUUUGGGCACUAGUGACUUGAAGCGAAGUGAUGAAAGUGCUUGGGAAUGGAGCAAAGUUCGAGGCGCGGAUGGGUGGUGGGAAAUCCUAAUGAAAGGGAUCUGGAUUGAUGGAAAUAAAGUUUUACAAAAUCAACCUAUAGUCUUGGAUGUUAAUACUCCCUACAUAGUCGGCCCACCACACCUUGUCCGUAGCCUCUACGCCUCAAUUUCAGGCUCGCGUCAACUUCCACCACCAUACGAUCAAUUCCAUGCCUACCCAUGUUUUAACCCGCCUCAUUUGUCACUUGAGUUUGGAAAUUUAAGGGUCAAGGUAUUGGAUGGUAAGAGAGACAUAGGAAGCUUUUCGCCAGGAGGUAGGUUUAGUUUGGGGAGAAUGGAAAGGGGUAGUGGUUAUUGUGUAGGAAUUGUAGUGGAAGGAAGGUUUGGUGAUGGCGAUAACCAGGAUGAAGCUGGAGGAGAUGAUGGGUUAGAUGGCAAUGGAAUGGGAGAUAUGUGGAUUUUGGGAGAGCCAUUUUUCAGAGAUGUACAGGUUGCUUUUGAUUGGAAAGAGAAAAGAGUUGGUAUGCAACGACUUUGA